AUGAAUUCGUGUACAAAAGUGUGGAAAUUGUUGAGUGGAGUCUCUGGUACAUUUUCAAAACCAGUUUCUAUCGGAGCCAAAUUCCCACAAAUAAAAUUAUGCAGUAGAAUGAGUACCAAUGCUUCAAUACCAGAACAUAAACGAGACAUAGAGACAUUCCAAGAUGUUUACCCUGGUAUUAUAGAGACUUUGAGCAGAAAUCCAGGUCUAUAUGAAAACCGGGAUGUUGCGAGCUGGUUAAACAAGGUCUUGGAUUAUAAUUUACACGGUGGAAAAAAGGCUCGGGCGUUAGCUACGAUUUUCGCUUAUGAAACCUUAGAGAGACCAGAAAAUAUUACACAUGAAGCACUCCGUUUAAUAAGAGUAUUAGGGUGGUGUGUGGAAAUGCUACAAGCCUACUUCCUUAUCAUGGACGACGUGAUGGAUGGAUCAGCGAUGAGAAGAGGAGCACCAUGUUGGUAUCGUCUUCCAGAAGUCGGGUUAGGCGCCAUCAACGACUGCAAUCUAGUUCAAGCCGCUAUGUACGACAUAUUGAAGGAGUACUGCGCUCAUCUACCGACUUACAAGGACAUCGUACAUCUUUUUAAUGAGACGCUUUUCAACACAUCGAUAGGACAACACCUGGACUACACAAUGGCGCAUCGUAUUAUGACCGACUAUAGCAUGUUCACCCCGGAAAGGUACACAGCUAUCGUCACCUACAAAACGGCCUACUACACAUUCAAAAUGCCAGUCUUCCUAGGAAUGCUAGUCGCGACUGACAUGGAUCAGCGUAUUCAUCCUACAGUGGAAAAAAUAUGUCUUGAUAUGGGAUAUUUGUUUCAAAUGCAGGACGAUUUCAUAGACUGUUUCGGUGCGGAACAUCUAACUGGUAAAAUAGGUACAGACAUUCAAGAAGGCAAAUGCUCCUGGUUGGCUGUUCAGGCUCUGCAGAGGCUAACCGAGACGCAGAGGAAAGUAUUCGUGGCUUGCUACGGAAGUCAUGAGCCGGCACACGUAGAGAGAGUCAAACGGCUCUACGAGGAGCUUGGCUUGCCCGAGUUAUAUAGGAAAGAAGAGACGAAACGCUACGACGAAAUAGUCGAGCGCUCCCAAAAUCUUGGUCCUAACGCUGGGACCAUGCCCGAUCUUUUUAUUAAACUCCUAGCUCUCAUUUAUAAUAGAAAGAAAUAA